AUGUCACGUCGUGACCGAAAACUGGUAUGUCGUGACCUCACCAAGGUUCGUGCCUGUCAUACGGAGUACCCUUCUGGUCAAAAAGCAGAAACAUCGACCACCACCCUCACCGCGGCUUGUGUGGCAGGACCCGGUCGGACCCAGCGCCUUCCACCCUGGCAGGUGGCUAGCCGUGUGCGUGCCACGCCCAUGGGGAGCGAACGUGUUUGCCGCUGCUUCGUUUGCGAUUCCCUGGAGGUGGCGCCCCCUGGCCCCGAGCCGCAGCACUUCCGGCGUCGCUGGACGCGGCCGUGUCCUGGCUGCGCACGCUUUGCCCAUCGCAGUUGCUUGGAGAGAAGGCUCUUGGCGCUUGAUGUAGGUGUUGACACCACAGUUUGCAUCACCGGGUUGACAACAGUCCAUGGCUCGAUGAUCAUAUACUUCCUAGCACUGGCUGGCGUUGCCAGCCUGGCGUCCGAGUCACAGGUCUGUGUUGUACCUCAUCCCAGCAACGAAAACUGGACCUUGGACGGAGCCGAACUUCAGUACAAACUGCAGCGCUUCUUUGCCCAAAAGGGACCGCCCCCCUUGGAGGAAGUCUUCAUCUCCACUCAGAACUUCACUGUGGAGGUACAGGAGACCAUCAUGAAAGAGUGUCCAGGUCUGCUCAUCAGUGCGUUUUUGGUGUUGGCUGAGACACAGCUUCCCAUCUCACCCGAGAAUUCGGGGGAUGCAGUGGCAAAGGCGGACAGCUUGGCUCAGAGCUUGGAUGAAGCGAGCUAUGCAGAGCAGAUGCAGAUUUGGCCCAUUCAGGCUGCGUUUGAAAGCUACACCCGUGCGAUGCAAGAAGUGCAGGAUGCACAGAGGCAAACGGAACAUCUCGAGGUCCAGUUGGUGAUUUGCCACUGCCGUGAAUCCUUGGAUUGGCUGGCAGGACCGCGUUUCUACAUGCCAAAGACUGGAGCUGCACUGGACGUCUUCAUCUAUGAGAAAUGCAACUUCGACACCGACCUAUCAAAGAUGUCUGGGCACUUUCGAUCGGUCUCCAGAGUUCUGGUGGAUGACAAGGGGAUGCGGCGUGACGAAUGCUCCGGCUACCUCCAGCAUUUGAUCGACCACUACGAGGAGCCAGCAGACUACACUCUCUUCUUCCAAGCGGAUGCUGCUGAUCAUUUGCAUUGGGGCUAUCUAUCUUUGGUGAUGAAAUCUCUGGAGCUCCACACUUUGACGUCUCCCUUCGUCCACCUGAACUACCCGCGGCUCAUCACGUCGCUGUCGCCCUGUCGCGCUGAAGUCUUUCGACAGAUCUUCGAUCGACCUCCAUCGAGGACCUUGGGCUCCUACUGCUGUGCUCAAUUUGCGGUUUCCAGGGCUCGCAUCAAAGGCAACCCUUUGGAGAGGUACCAACGUAUGCAGCAGAUGCUCUUCAGCGAGUCACCGGAAGUGUGUCAUGACAUUCCCGGGCAUCCCACUUUAUGUCUGAUGUUUGAGGUGUAUUGGCACGUUCUCUUCGGUGAGAAGGAUGAGCUUCCAACACGCGCGGAGAAUGCGGCACUGCAACUCUUUCUGCGAAUCAGAGAUUUGGAGAAUGAGUCGUGUCUUGCCAGACCGCCUCCUGAAAUGAAAGAACUUCUGGUGGAAGGGCCGCAGGGCCAUGGCUACUUGAAUGACUCUCGAGUUUUACAACCGUCUGUGCACGUGCUUCACAGUUGGUAUGUAGUUCAUAGAUGUUAA